GCGAUCAGUUUACAGGUGGAGAGGCUGUGUUCCUGGCUUGGAAGACAUUUUCUCCUGAUACAGCUGUGAGAUCUCCAGCAAAAUCUUCGGAGAAGAAAUCUAGGGGACCAGAUGAAAGACGAAAUGGCCAGUUCACAGGGACUGCUGACCUUCAGGGAUGUGGCCAUAGAAUUCUCCCAGGACGAAUGGGGAUGCCUGAACCAGAGUCAGCGAGAACUGUACAGGGAUGUGAUGUUAGAGACCUGUGGACACCUCCUCUUCUUGGCUAUAUCUUCACAUGGCACCCAGAACCUCCUGCCAAAACCAUGCAUAGAAACCUCUUCACAAAAUGUGUCACUGGGUACAGGGAAACAUCAUGCCUUUGAGAAUUUACACUUAAUGAUAAACUGGGACAGUAGUAGAAAGAAUGAAGUGCAUCAGAAGUUUCAUGAAGGACGUGGUCCAAUUGAGAGGACUGCCCAUAACAAGAACUUCACGGCCACAAGCAGUGAAGGACAUAAAACAUCUUGGAAAACCGCCCUUUUUACAUCCACUAUUUGUGCAAAGCAGUGUGCAUCUGUAAGCAGAAGUUCCAAUCAAACAUGCAAACAUACAUAUUUGUGCAACGAAAAUUUGGAACAUUUGGAAAGUUACCCCAUCCACACUGAAAACAAUGCUUUGAACCAUUGUGAAAGUGGGAUUGGAUUGACCUUUCAGUCAAAUAGUUCUAAAACUCAGAGAUUCAAAAAUGAAGAUAAAAGUCCUAGGACGUCUCAAUUUGGGAGGUACUUCACAGAGGAGGUGACCCUACAACAUUACCAGUACAUUUUCAAAGGAGAUACACUGGCUCAAUACAGUGAAUCUGAGACACAGUCUAACCAGGGAUCCCAUGUUAUCAAAUGUCUGAGGACUUCUCUGCAAGAAAACCAUUUUGAACCUAAUAAAGAUGAGGAAGUCUUUUACCCAAACUCCAAAUGUACCAAUAGUAAGAGUACACAGAGGGGAGAAAUUACUUCUAAAUAUGAUGAAUGUGGGAAAGCUCUGAAGCAGUCCUCCAGUAUUGCUGAUCAUCAAAGGAUUCGUGGGGGGGAGAACCCAUACACAGGUAACAAAUCUGGAAACAUGUUUAGUCAAUCAUUAAGUCUAAAUACCUGUAAGACAAGUGGUACUGGAGAGAAAAGGUACAUUUGCAAGGAAUGUGGCAAAACCUUUGACAGACACUCAACACUAUCUCAACAUCAGCAAACACAUACUGCAAAGAAAAUUGACAAAUGUGAACAAGGUGGUCAAACCAUUAAGGGUGGGUCAUCACUUCACGCACACAGUCAAAUCCAUAUUGCACAGAAACCUUACAAAUGUCAAGAAUGUGGCAAGGCCUUUAACCAGCAAUCAUCCCUUACUCAGCAUCACAGAAUCCACACUGGAGAGAAACCUCACAAAUGUCAAGAAUGUGGCAAGGUCUUUAGCCAGCAAUCAUCCCUUAGUCAACAUCACAAAACGCAUACUGGAGAGAAACCUCACAAAUGUCAAGAAUGUGGUAAGUCCUUUAAAUGGCACUCAUACCUUAAUCAACAUCACAGAAUUCAUACUGGAGAGAAACCUUACCAAUGUCAAGAAUGUGGCAAGGCCUUUAGCCAGCAAUCAUCCCUUACUCAGCAUCACAGAAUGCAUACUGGAGAGAAACCUUACAAAUGUCAAGAAUGUGGCAAGGCCUUUAGCCGGCAGUCAUCCCUGAGUAAGCAUCAUAGAGUGCAUACUGGAGAGAAACCUUACCAAUGUCAAGAAUGUGGCAAGGUCUUUAGCCAGCAAUCGUGCCUUAGACAGCAUCACAGAAUGCAUACUGGAGAGAAACCUCACAAAUGUCAAGAGUGUGGCAAGGCCUUUAGCCAGCAAUCAUCCCUUAUUCAACAUCAUAGAAUGCAUACUGGACAGAAACCUUACCAAUGUCAAGAAUGUGGAAAAGCCUUUACCCGUUCCUCACUACUCACUCAACAUCACAGAAUUCAUACCGGAGAGAAACCUCACAAAUGUCAAGACUGUGGCAAGGCCUUUAGUGAAUACUCAACCCUGACUCGGCAUCACAGAAUCCAUACUGGGGAGAAACCUUACCAAUGUCAAGAAUGUGGCAAGUCCUUUAUCCAAAACUCACACCUUAGUAAACAUCACAGAACUCAUACUGGAGAAAAACCUUACAAAUGUCAAAUGUGGCUAGGCCUUUAAGGUGUAUUCACAGUUUACUUGACAUGAGAGAAUUCAUGCCAGAGAGAAACCAUACAAAUGUCAAGAAUGUGGCAAGACCUUGAGUGAAUACUCAAUCCUUACUCGACAUCACAGAAUUCAUACCAGACAGAAAUCUUACCAAUGUAACAAAUGCAGCAAAACCUUGUUUCCGGUUCUAGCCUUAUUCUGCAUCACAGAAUCCAUACUGGAGGGAAACCUUACCAAUGUCAAGAAUGUGGCAAGGCCUUUAGGUUGCAGUCACCCUUAUUGACCAUCACAGAAUUCAUACUGGAGAGAAAGCUUACCAUAUAAGGCAUGUGGCAAGGCCUUUACCAAACACUCAAAACUUACUUGACAUGACAAAAUUCAUACUUGAGAGAUCCUUACCAAUGCAACGAAUGUGCAAAAGGUUUUAAUCACCAAUCACCCUUUAUUCAAUAUCACACAAAUCAUCUUGGAGCAAACGUUUAAAACAGAGUUUAAGACUGUGAGAGAACUUCUUUUUAUUUAAAAAAUUUUUUUUCUUAGAAUGAGUAGGAGGGAGCAGAGAGAGAGACACGCAGUAUCAAAAGUAGGUUCCAGGCUUCGAGCUGUCGGCACAGAUAGCUCGGAGCCUGAGGCAGUGUUUGAACCCACAAGUCACAAUAUCAUGACCUGAGGUGAAGUUGGAUGCUUCACCGACUGAGCUACCCAGGAGCCCCAAGACUGUGAGAGAACUUUUAAGGACUGCUCAAUGGUACUCCACAUCACAGAAUCCACAUUGAAGAUUAACGAUACACAAGUAAACUAUGUGGCAAGAGUUAAACCAAUGCUGAUCCCUGUUUUUGUUGUUAGAGAAUAUGUUAUAGAGAUGAUUUUACACAUAGAAAGAAUCUGGGAAGCCCUUUAAUAGUGCUUAAGCCUCAUUCCACACCACCAACUUCAUACUUGAGAGAAACUUUAUAAUUGUAGAGAAUGUGGUGAAACGUUUCACAUGGCUCAAGCCUUACUCACCAUCACAUUGUUCAUACAUAGGAGGAACAUUGCAAAUGUGAUGAAUGUGGCAAACCCCUAGGUGGAAGUCCUAGCUUAUUCAACAUCAUAGUUCCCAUAUCAGAGGAAAUCUCUAAAAUGUAAAGAGAAUGACAAAGCUUUCAUCUGGAAUUCAAUGUUUAUUCAAUAUCUCCAAAUGCAUGUUGAGUUGAAACCAUACAAACCUAAUGCAUGAGGAAAGCCCUUGUUCAUAAAUAUGCCAUUUGGAAAACAGCAGAGAGUACCAAAAGGAAAGUAAGUUGAAAGAAGUAUUUAAAAAUAUAUUUAAGUGAAUAUAACAUGUCAACACGUGUCACAGGAUUCACAGCAGAAAGCAAUAAGUCAGUGUGUUCAGACAUUACAUCAAAAUACUUAUUAGAAGGAAUAAUACAAAGGUAAACAUUUAGAUAAUGUGUAUGCUAUUAUGCUUUAAAUGAUAAAAGGGAUGGAGUUUUGCAUAGGUAUAAUCUCAAUAUUUUUACAUUAACCUUAUUUAAGAUUUGUGACUAGUAAACAUUAAUAUACUUCUUAUUCUCAAAUCACUUCAGAAAAUUCAUUUACUCCUAGUGGGUGUUUGAAUGUAUGUGGCUGAGUGUCGCUACAUCAGUGAUAUGAGUUCCCUUCUUUCUUAGGUGGGACUCAUACAUAUGUAAUUUUCCAUGGAAGGUGAAGGAGAAGAGUUGAAUAAAAUCUAUAUGGAGAUACUUUCUGUGCCUCUAACCUUGUUGUAAUUAUCAUGAAAGAGGUGUUCAGGACACCAUUGUCAAUUUAUUUCAACUAAAAGUGUGUAUUACAAAUAACAUGUUGUACUAAUUAGUCUUUAAGGAAAAACAGGGUCAGUCCACUCAAAAACGUGAAGCAGCUUCAUGAUAGCAAUAGCUACAAGUACAGAAUAUCGACUGAUAUGAUUGAAAGGAAGAAGUCUUCACAGAUAUCAGAAAGAGUAUACCAAAACCUUCCUAAAAUGGCUAGGAUUCUACAUUCACAUUUUUGAAGAGUCAACUCAGGCCUGGAAUAAGUUCAGUAGGCAAAAUGAAGCUGUACAUAACUUAAAAUAGACUGUCAUGUCUUCUGAAUCCUCAUGGUAACCACUGAGCAAAACUGGUAAUUGAUACCCAAAAGAUAAAGAGGAAAGAAUCAGGGUUUACUAUUCUUGAGACUCAUCAGAUCACAAAGGUAAAGAGAAAAUGGAUAAGGAUGGGAGGAAGAAUUCUAAAGUAGCAAGAAUACCAUGAAAAGAAUGACAACAGAAACUCCUUGCCUGUAUCAAUACUUCCUUUAAAUAUAAAGGGAUUAAAUUCCCCAAUCAAAAGAUAGACAUUGGCUGAAUGGAAAGGAAUCCAAGAUUCAGUGCUAUGCUGCCCUCAUGAGACUCGCAUCAGCUCUCAGAACACACUCAGCCUGAAAGGGCAGAUAUUCAAAACGAUAUUGCAUACAAUCAGAAACCAAAAGAAAUGGGGUAGCUAUGCUUCAGACAAAAUAGUCUUGAGUGCAAGGACUAUAAUAAGACAUGACAAAGGUCAGUAUUAAACAAAGGGGUCAGUUUGUGCAGGGUUUUCAGUUAAUGUUUGGCAUUUAGUUUUGUUUGGCAGAAGGCAAUAAAGUUUGCUCCCGUUUUGGUUUUGGAGGACAAUAAUAGUAUGGUUUUUUAACUCAUGUACUGACCACAUUGAAAAGAAACACCUUUUCCCAUAAGUGUUGGUGGUGUUUGUGCAGAUGCCUGAAUUGUAGUUUGUGUAAUGUUUCUGAACAUCUGUAUCUUAUGACUCCUCGAAAUGGCUACUUGAUUUUCAAAAACCGAUUGCUCUGUUUAGAGGGUUGCGGAAAAAAAAAAAAAAAGGCUAAAUGACAAGUUGGAAAGGCUAAUACUUCAAGAUUUUGAUGUGUGUGGGAAAAUACUAUUGCAAUGAAAUCUUAGUAAUUUACUGCAAAAGCAGCCAAUAGUUGAUCGAAACCAACUUGUACAGGCUAAUACAUCUUUCCCAGAGUAUUCACUUUUUGAACAUUGUACUAUUAUACCUUGCAAUUAUUUUCACUCACAUAUUAUUUAAUUUUCAUUGUUAUCUGCUCUUUUAAGCCAUCAAGCAAGUUAUUUUUUGUUUCAGGCAGGGUACCAUAAUACCUCACAGUAAGAUUUCUGAUAUUUCUGGGCAGUUGUUUGUGUACAUUUGCAAUGAUGGGUUUUUUAUGGAUCACCGUGUCAAUAUAGUGGAUUUAUUUAAGUUGAGUUCUUUCUGAAAUGUGCAUCUUCCCAUAAGGUAACCCUGCAUUUAAUUCACUUUGUUCACACUUUUUAGACUACCCUAUAUGUGACUAAAGUUUUUAUACAUUCUAUGUCUAUUUACUACAUAGAAGACAUUCACUCCUUGAAUGUAGGAGAAAGGUAGCUAUCCCAUGUACUUAGGAUUUGUUUGUGUUGCACUAAGCUGUAGGUUUGUAUAUGUGUGUAGCAUUUGUAUUGACAAAACAUUUAGUUGUGUGUUGCUUUUUGUUCCAUGAGUUACAUAAUACUCUUAUUGUGCAUUGAAUUGUUGUGUUGAUUUGGUCACAUUUGAAUACAUAUGCAUCACUUUUAAAAAUCAUUUUCUUUUAUAGAGAUAUAGUAAACGUUUAUAGUUUUUUGAAAUAAAUAUAAGCUGC